ACAGCAGGCGCGCACGUGAGCGGCGCCCGUAGAGCGUGCGCUUUUCAUGCUUUGCGUGCAGCGGUGCGCGUCUGCGGGCAGGAGAGCCGGGAACCUGACCACCUCAGCGGCUUCACCCCCGAGUUUAGAGCUCCGAGCGGCGCUUCUGACCUUCUUACACCGCCGGGCAGCGAGCAUGUCUGCGAGGAGAGCCGAGCUGAAGCGGAAGGCCGAGGCGCUCGGCAGCGCUGCGGAGGGAAAGAAGCGGAAGGCCGAGGAGAGUGGAGGAGAGAGGGGAGGAGAGAGGGGAGGAGAGAGGGGAGGAGAGAGGGCCGAGAGGGGAGAGAGGCAGGCCGGCUGGCUGCAGCUGGAAGUGGCCGAGCUUCGAGCUCGAAACGCCGCCUGCAAAUUCAACACCAAGCGCGUCCGUUUCCUCUCCGAGAACCAGAAGGUUCCCCAGGGCUGCGGGGGGGUUCUCUACUGGAUGGCGAGGGACCAGAGGGUGCAGGAUAACUGGGCAGUGGUCUAUGCGCAGCAGCUGGCUCUGGCUGAGAAGUUGCCCCUCCACAUCUGCUUCUGUCUGGUGCCGCGGUAUCUGGAUGCGGCUUACCGCCAGUACGCCUUCAUGAUCAGAGGGCUGCGAAAGGUGGCCAAGGAAUGUAAGAGUCUGGACAUUCAGUUCCACCUCCUGCAGGGCGAGCCUGAGCGGACGCUGCCCGGCUUUGUGAAGAGCUGGAACAUCGGCGCCGUGGUGAUGGACUUUAACCCCCUCAGACUGCCCCUACAGUGGACUGAGAAAGUCAAAAAGCAGCUUCCAGCUGACAUCCCCUUCAUGCAGGUCGAUGCCCAUAACGUGGUGCCGUGUUGGGAGGCGUCUCCUAAGCUGGAGUACGGAGCCAGGACCAUCAGAGGGAAAAUCACCAAACUCCUCCCAGAAUUCCUCACAGAGUUUCCACCUGUGGACAUACAUCCACAUUCUUCCACGAAAACAGCAAAGGCGGUGGACUGGGACGAGGUUCUGAGCUCUGUGGAGGUGGACCGCACCGUGGGUGAGGUGGAGUGGGCGCAGCCAGGCGCCGCGGAGGGGAUGGCCAUGCUGGAGUCCUUCAUCCAGCACCGUCUGCGCCUCUUCGCCACAAAGAGAAACAACCCAAACUCGGCGGCUCUCAGCCAGCUCUCGCCCUGGCUUCACUCCGGGCAGCUGUCUGCUCAGCGUGUGGUGAAGGAGGUGCAGCGCUGGGGGAAAAAUGCCAGGGAGUCCGUGACCUCCUUCACUGAGGAGCUGGUGGUCCGCAGAGAGCUUGCCGACAACUUCUGCUUCUACAACAAAAACUACGACAGCAUCGACGGUGCGUAUGAUUGGGCAAAGAAGACGCUGAAGGAUCAUGCUAAGGACAAGCGGCCGUACCUCUACACACAGGAGCAGCUGGAAAACGCCAGGACUCACGAUCAGCUCUGGAAUGCUGCUCAGAGGCAGUUACUGUUAGAGGGGAAGAUGCACGGGUUCAUGCGAAUGUACUGGGCCAAAAAGAUUCUGGAGUGGACCUCGUCCCCCGAGGAGGCUCUCGCUAUCGCCGUUUAUCUCAAUGACCACUACGCGCUGGACGGCUGCGACCCCAACGGAUAUGUAGGCUGCAUGUGGUCCAUCUGCGGAAUUCACGACCAGGGCUGGGCUGAGAGGCCCGUUUUCGGGAAAGUUCGCUACAUGAACUACGAUGGCUGCAAGCGCAAGUUUGACGUGGGUCAGUUUGAAAGGCGGUACGCUGUCAAAAAGGCCUGAGAGCACCACGAGAGCCUGCGGGUGGCCGGCAUCCAUCAAACCGCUGGAAAUAACGUUCCUUCACAGCCAGGCCUGUUUACGUUUUUCUCACUGGUGUUUACAUUUCAUGAUACCGUCGGUGAUGCUACUGUUCAUCUCAGCUGCCCUUACAUCGUAUUUCAUUUCCUUUUUCAAGCCUUUAUUCUUUUUCUCUUUAACUGAGGUCUGAUGAUUAGAGGAUUGGGUAACACUUUACUGUAGGGCACUGUCCAUAGGGCUGACAUAACCCUGACAUAAUCAACUGACAUAACCCUACACAAGUGUUUAUGCUUAUUCCAAUAGGCGACAUAAAUAUUAACAAAUGCCAGUUUUGAUGCAGGUUAGCUGAAGUAGUCUUUCUGACAGAUGACGCCUAUUGGAAUAAGCUUUUUGUGUAGGGUUGUGUCAGUUGUCAUGACAAGCUUAUGAAGGUGUCGUGGAGCCGUAUGAACAGCUCCCCACAGUGAAGUGUUACUGAAGACUGUUUGUGGAAAGCUGUUCUGAGACUGACGUAGUUUUGGUGCUGCUGUGUGUAACUUGGUAAAUUUAUAUAUCAAGAAAUAUCGUUUUUCCGAUUAGGCCAGUAAACGUUUCGGCUUCGCCAGCAAGAAACUCCGCUCCGAACUCAGGAUCAGCUUUUAUGUUUCGCCUUAAUUUGUUCAUGGGACUUUUGGGGAAACUUCAGUGUUUUUACGAUGUUUCAUUAAACUUUUUACCCUCUA